UAACACUUGGUGGCAUAGUUAGUUCAUUGUUUCAGCGAAUUGAUUUGCGUUCGAGCGAGCAGCAUAAACGUGAAAAGGAGUUUCUCGUAUUUCUUUAUAUGGAGAAUUCUAAAGGGUCAUCCAACGUCAGAAAUUUUAUGAGUUCUGGGAAACAUGCACUACUCCCUCCCAAAAGUCCCUUUCCGAGCGUUUCUCCAUCAUAUACUGAAUUUGUUCCUAACACUGUUAUCGGUGCAAAAGCUGUUCAGAGACCACGAGAUGGUAACAGCUACCAUCAAAGAACUUCUUCCGAAAGCAUUUUAAUAGAGGAGCAGCCUUCUUGGCUUGAUGAUCUCCUCAAUGAGCCAGAGACCCCUGUUCGCAGAGUUGGUCAUCGACGUUCGUCGAGUGACUCCUUUGCAUAUACAGAUGCUGCCAAUGUUAAUUUUGAUAGUAUCACGCAAGAAGAUUUCAAAUAUGCAAAUGCAAUUCCUGGACACUCAUGGUUAUCUCAAGAAUUUGAUCAUCAAAGGGAUGCAAGGCAUGCUUCAUUCUAUACUGAAGCGAAUGUAACAAAACAGAAGAAUAGGGUGUGGGAAUCAUCUUUAUCUACCAUGAAUAAUCCUAUUGCUCUUCAUUCUCCCAGGGAGAACAUUGUUAUUCAUACCUCAGCACCAUUAAGCGCUCCGCAAGAAGCAGAUGGUUUGCCUUCUACAGCUAGUGAAAAACAGGAUCUAGUUGAGUCUGGUUCACACAAUCCAAAAGUCUCUUCUGAAAGGAAAGAUGCUUCUCAUGGAAAAUCAUCUGCGUCUGAUACAGAAAAUAAACGCGCCAAACAACAAUUUGCUCAGCGUUCAAGGGUUCGGAAACUUCAAUAUAUAGCUGAGCUUGAAAGGAAAGUACAAGCUCUGCAGGCAGAGGGCUCUGAAGUCUCAGCUGAGCUUGAAUUUCUCAACCAGCAGCAUCUUAUUCUUAGCAUGGAAAACAAUGCUCUCAAGCAGCGGUUAGAGAAUUUAGCUCAAGAGCAGCUAAUUAAAUACUUGGAGCAGGAAGUACUGGAGAGGGAGAUUGGAAGGUUAAGAGCUAUGCACCAGCAGCAACAUCAGCAGCAACAUCAGCAGCAGCAACAACCUCAACCACUACGACCCUCUUCUAGUCAUCGACGUAGUUCGAGCAAAGACCUCGACAAUCAAUUUGCCAAUCUUUCUUUGAAGCAAAAGGAUUCUGGUUCAAGUCGUGACCCGGUAACAGGUCCAGUGCGCAGUUAGGUUUCUGGUUUGGCUUCACAAGUGUUGUGCCUGGGUAAUUUUUGCCGAAUUGGUGAACGAAAACGAUCAUCCCGUUGUGCAAGACGCUGCUGCUGCUGAUCUCUUCCAGUGUUGGUACCUGUCUGUGUCCCUGCUCUCUGCCUUUUAAUUCUUUGCCGCUGUUUCCUGGCUUUUCUGGAGUUAACAUCUUCAUAUGUAUGCAUGCACCUGGUGGUCAUUGCCGUUGUUUUGUUUGUUCUACAUGGGUUGUGUGGCCUACCGGAGGUGGUGGUAUCUGUAUGUACUGUAUUAUGUCGUCUAAUCAAUUAUAAUCCACAUUAGUAAGCACCAUUUUUUUCUUUUUUUUUUUUUGUUUCAUCCAAAAAAUUCACUCUCUUCUGUGCUGUUUGGACAGACAUUCAGUACCUGUAAUGCAUUAUGGUGAGAAAUAACUGAUGUGAUUUCCAAUGAAAUCCUUGAUUCACUCA